AUGAAGAUUACACUUGUCCUCGCCCUGGCCGUUGCCGUCCACCUCAAGACCGAAGUCAUCACGCCCAAGGAAUGCAAGCGUAAGACAAAGGCUGGCGACAAUAUCCACGUACACUACCGCGGUACUCUCGAGAAGGACGGCAGCGAAUUCGACACUUCAUACGGCCGCGGCUCGCCCUUGGCCUUCACAGUCGGUCAAGGCCAGGUCAUCAAGGGCUGGGACCAGGGUCUGCUUGACAUGUGCCCUGGCGAGAAGAGGAAACUCACCAUCCAGCCCGAGUGGGCCUAUGGUACGCGUGGUGCUGGGCCCAUAGGCCCCAAUAGCGUCUUGAUCUUCGAGUCGGAGCUUGUAUCCAUUGACGGUGUCGAAGCGGAGAAGGCCGAGCUAUAGAUAUGAUGGAAAGCGAUAAAGGAUACGACCGAAGCAUAUCUAUAUGUUACGAGAUCAAUGAGAUUCCAUUUGGGACAAAAGUGUAAAAAGCUGUGAUAUGAAAAUCUAUCCC